GUGAAGCGUCUGUAUAAAUAUGGAGGCGUCGGGGGGCUUGGAGCGCAGAGCGGUUUGGUCGUUCGUUGGAGAAGUCUCUUCCCGUUCUACUCGGCGAUCGCGGCUCUUGUUUGAGCGCUAGCAGCGGAGCGGCGGUCCCAGCAAGGGCCUCAGACUUCGGCUUCAGGUGAGACAAAAUGGCCCGAACCAAGCAGACCGCUAGGAAGUCCACCGGUGGGAAAGCCCCCCGCAAACAGCUGGCCACCAAGGCAGCCAGGAAAAGCGCGCCCUCUACCGGCGGGGUGAAGAAACCUCACCGCUACAGGCCCGGGACCGUGGCUCUAAGAGAGAUUCGUCGUUACCAGAAAUCCACUGAGCUGCUCAUCCGGAAGCUGCCUUUCCAGAGGUUGGUGAGGGAGAUCGCCCAGGAUUUCAAAACGGACUUGAGGUUUCAGAGUGCAGCCAUCGGUGCCCUUCAGGAGGCUAGCGAAGCAUACCUGGUGGGGUUGUUUGAAGAUACCAAUCUGUGUGCCAUCCACGCCAAGAGAGUCACCAUCAUGCCCAAAGACAUCCAGUUGGCUCGCCGGAUACGGGGGGAGAGAGCUUAAGUCAAGGCGGUUUUUAUGGCAUUUUGUAGUAAAUUCUGUAAAAUACUUUGGUUUAAUUUGUGACUUUUUUUGUAAGAAAUUGUUUAUAAUAUGUUGCAUUUGUACUUAAGUCAUUCCAUCUUUCACUCAGGAUGAAUGCUAAGAGUGACUGUUCACAGACCUCAGUGAUGUGAGCACUGUGGCUCAGGAGUGACAAGUUGCUAAUAUGCAGAAGGGAUGGGUGAUACUUCUUGCUUCUCAUGCAUGUUUCUGUAUGUUAAUGACUUGUUGGGUAGCUAUUAAGGUACUAGAAUUGAUAAAUGUGUACAGGGUCCUUUUGCAAUAAAACUGGUUAUGACUUGAUCCAAGUGUUUAACCAUACAUCACUGUGAUAGAAUGUGGGCUUUUUCAAAGGUGGAAGAAACAAGUUUUAACCACAGUGUAACAGUUUCCUUUAAAAAAAAAAAAAAAAAAGUAA